CGGAGAGUGUGCGCGUGUGUUGUGAUUCUGUGUUUUGUGUACUUCUAGGAAUAUUCACAUCGAGCGAAGCAGUCUGCUUUCUAGUUUGAAGAGUCUUCUGAGAACUUGAGCGUUACGUCUCGCAGUUGUCGACACGUGUACAGACAUUCGGGAGGUAUCACAGACAAAAUGAAGACUGUAAUUAUAAUAUUGUUGCUGGCCAGUAUUAUCGCCUUCAGUUGUACGAACGCCAAAAUAGGAUACUUCUGGCACAUCACGGACUUCCACUAUAACCCCCUAUACAGUUCACAAGGAGACAUUAGAAAAAAUUGUCGGAGAUUAGCUGAUCGUGGUAGUUCAAGAUAUCUCAGGGCUCUGGGGAAAUAUGGGGACUACGCCUGUGACAGCUCUUUGGAGCUCAUCGAAUCCGCUGCAAAGUACAUGAGAACCCGGCACUCGGAUAACGUAGAAUUCGUAUUGUGGACAGGGGACAUAGUCACUUCCCACUACACGCUAAGCGAAGACGACCGCCUGAACGCUAUCCGUAACAUGACGUUCCUAUUGAGUAGGACCUUCAGUUCUCACUUCGUGUUUCCAGUUCUCGGGGACUUGGACCCCAAGCCAUCCGAAACUGUCACUACUCUAUGGAUGCAAUGGCUACCUUUGGAAGCUUUAGAGACCUUCGCUAAUGGUGGGUACUACACGAUUGAGCAGAAACAGAACAAGCUGAGGCUUGUGAUCCUGAACACGAACUUGUUCGGGAUUCGUGAGCACAAUACCCCAGAGUCAAGUCUGCAGUGGGAAUGGCUCAGCUCCGUGUUCAACAAGGCGGAUAAGGCUAACGAAAUGAUAUACAUCAUAGGCCACACGGCGCCCGGGACGGAAUAUCGCCAUGGGCACGAGAUGGCGGUCGGCGCCGUGGAGAAAUACAUCAGGAUGGUCCGUCAACACGCUCGCCGGAUUGCCGGACAGUUCUUCGGGCACCUCCACACUGACACCUUCAGGAUCUUCUAUGACAAUGAGCGUCCAGUAUCUUGGGCAUUGCUGGCGCCAUCGGUAACACCUCAUCGGUACCCUAGUGACGCCUCAAACCCUGGCCUGAGGCUGUAUAAAUUUGACACCCACAAUGGAAAGGUAUUAGAUUACACCCAGUACUACUUAGAUCUGAAAACAGCGAACCGCAACAUAGAGUCUGCUCAGUGGACCGUAGAGUACAACGUGACUCUGUAUUACGGACUCCACGAUAUCACAGCCACUUCUCUACAUAACCUUGCUGAUAGGAUACGAACGGGAACCACUCACGAUAAUUCUAUUCUUAAGAGGUAUCUGAGGGCGUACAAAGUAAAAUUUGAGGAGUCAGAAAACUGCGACAGCGCGUGUGCUCACCAGCAUUACUGCUCGAUCACCUGCCUCGACCUUCCCGCCUACCAGCAGUGCCUAGACUCUGCCAGCAGUGCCCUGGCUACGGCGGCAGAUUCUGCCGCCAUCGAAACUUUCCCGCUCAAAGCCGCCAUUGCACUGACCGUUCUCGCCGCUGGAGUCUCGUUUUAAAAUCGUAAUCCACACAAAGUACGGACGUCGAUGAUGUAAAUAAAAGAAACUAAAAUAAAUUAUUUAAAUGUUAUUAGAUUAUUUUCGUGUAAAUGCUAGUUUUAAUAUUGGAAAAAAAUAGUGUAACAAAACGGUGACUGAUUAGUAGCUCAUGAUCUAAUGUUUAUAGCCAAGUAAUUUACGAUCGUGUAAAUAAUAUUAUAGUAAUGUGUAUGUAUAGUUAAAAUUACUGAGCAUUGUAAUGUAAUUUUUGUUAUAGAAAAUUUUGUAUAUCAAAUG